AUGUUCUCUACAGCCGAAAACGCCAUCUAUGGCGUUCUCUGCCUAAUCACGGCAUGUCUUUCCAUCUCUUCUCUACCAGUUCACGUCCGGGCGGGGAACACAGGGGUCAUUCUCAUGAUGUCGUGGUGCUUCGUAGGACUCUUCAACAAGGGUGUCAACGCUCUCGCGUUCAAUCACCGUCUUAACAUCUCCUGGAACUUCGGAUGCGAUGUAAGUGCUGUUGUCGAGCGUAUCUGGCAGCUCGGCUUGUGCUGUAGCUCCCUUUGCGUUCUACAACGCCUCGAAAGCAUCGCUUCCCUCCGACAGGCGCACUCCACGUACACGGAUCGCCGGCGCCGAGUAUGCUUUGAUAUCGCAGUCGGUUUGGGUAUACCAUUUCUGCAGAUCCCUCUCUUCUUCGUGGUUCAGCCAUAUCGACUCGACGUGGUUGAAGAUCUCGGUUGCAGUGCGCCAAUCUACAAUUCCGUACCUGCCUUGUUCGUCUACUACUUCUGGAGACUUUUCGUCAGCGUUUUGUGCUCUAUCUACGCCGCUCUUAUUCUGAGGUGGUUCAUUCUCAGGCGCCUUCAGUUCUCUGCCGCACUCUCGUCGCAACACUCCGGUCUAUCGCAGAAAAAAUACUUUCGCUUGUUCGCUCUGGCCCUUUGCGAGGCGACCUUAAUCGCCGUUGCCCAGCUGUAUCUUCUCUUUGCGGCACUUCGGAUCACAGGACUUCUGCCUUACUCCAGCUGGGAAUACGUGCACUCAGGAUUCGCAACGAUCAACUUGGUGCCGAUGGACAGAUCAGGUGCCAGCUCAUCAACACUGACUUCUUUGGAGGUCUUUAGAUGGUUUACUUUGUCUCCUGGCAUUGUGCUUUUUGUCUUCUUCGGUCUCACAGAAGAUGCAAAAUCUGCCUAUAUAGGGUUGUGGCAAGCUAUCAAGAGACUCCGUUUCAAAGUACGGCCUAGAAAAGAAUGCGGAUUGACCGAAGGACCUACUGGCUUCCAGGAUAAUUCGCUUGAUCUCGACGAUCUCCGCGAGCAGUCCUAUAAAGUUUCGGUCGUAGUUCACAAAGAUGUAACGGUUCUCUGA